UUUUGUUAAACAUUUGGCAAUUUAACAUAUUGUUAUAUGUGUGAAAGCAUUUACAUUUUACCAAUUGGGUAAAAAGUUACUUAUACGUUAAAACUAAAAUUUUUAACAAAUUUAGGUUCUUAGAGUUGCAUAAUGCUUCUUAUAAUACAUAAUUUACCGAAAGAAGCGGGAUAUAUUGACAUUAAGCAGUUGAUACAGGAUCAAUGUGGAUUGAGCGAAGCUAUUCUAGACAACUUGUUAGAUGAGGGCAACAGAAAACGUAUUACAGUUGGUUUAGCUGAGGAGGAAGAUGCGGCUAUAUUGAUGAGAAAAUUGAAUGGCACUCUGUAUAAGAAUCGUGUCCUUUAUGUGGAAGAUGUACGACAAAAGAAGUAUACAUCCCAGUCUUACCAAACCAUAAUCCCAUCGGGAUUGCAACCACCAGCCUUAAAAGCUCCGAUACAAUAUCCUCUACAACCUGAAUCAUCGAAUAUGAUGGGAGUUAACUUCAGCAACAUGCCUUAUUAUAUGACUCAAGUCUCAAGCACUAUUAUGAACCACGACAAGCCCCAAGACACGCGAUCAAAUUCUAACCAACAGCCAUUCCAAAACAGUCCAUCUGAAUAUCAAGCAUUAAAUCAAUGGUCCUACCCCAUGAAUAUACUGUGCGCGAACAAAAUACAAGAUCCUACAUCUUUAAACGUACCGCAGAUUUACGACAGUUACCAAAACGAUCGUGAUAUUUCUAACAGCAGACGUCCCGACAACCAAACUAAUUAUCGGGAAAAUAAAUCACCGCCGUCGAAGCGUCACGAAAGUUUUGGUAACUUCAGCCAGCGGAAUUCUAGGGCUGAUGGUAAAAUGAACUCCGAAUGGGAAAGUCGAAGAUCGUAUCGUGAUCGCAGUGAUGGUAGAAAGCCAUCACAAGGUCGUGUUCGUGAUAGAUCAUGGGAUGAUAGGCGUGAUACGGAAUCAAAAAGACGUUCAACACGAUCGAAUCGUGACCGUGACUCUUACCACGAACGGCAACGUGAGAGAGAGCGGAGUACUUACGAUCGUAGCGAUCGUAAAAGAGGAAAUGAAUUCGAUCGGAAUGAACGUUACAAAUCUCAACCAGACCAAAAUAUUAGUAUCUGGUCUAAACCACCGAACGUGACUGCAACAACGUUUAGCAGCGACCCCGAAAAUUCUACUUUUUCAAAGUCUAACAGCAAUAUUUUCGGGACAGCUGCUAGCUUCGGUUUCGGGGGUCAGGCAACUAGCCACAGAAUGAUAUUCAACCAGGCUAAACCAAUUCCAGUACCACAGUGUGCUACCAGUGUCAUGCCGGCAAAGAGACCGCGAUUAGAUCAAAACAUAAAUAACAUCGCGCUGGUUAACAAGAAUCCCAAACAACAAAAUACCGCAACAACAAAAAUAGAUCCACAAAAAAUGAUGUUGCGCGUCGCAAAUUGGCGCAGCCAAAGUGCGACGUUGCUGGCGAAACAAAUCAUUAGGAACGGGUCAACCAGCAAGAUCGACAACUAUGUGUUCAAAAUCCUUCUCAAAAAGCUAAGGGAGUGUGUCUCAUCCCGGCUGGAUGUUAUAUUGGGGGACAAAAUAGUAACAUCUUUGAACGACAUAUUGGCUAGUUAUCGCAUGAAAUUCAAUGAAUGCAAUGACACUCCAUUCUUCAAGGCUAUCAUGCAGAAGGUAGAACGCGAAAUUGAAGAGAAUGCUGAUGGAUCAGUUCCCAAUAAUGAUAACUCAAUGAAUCAGCGAGAUCUAAGAUUUAGAUCGGCGACUGCAGCAAAACCAAGUAUUUAUGACAAUUACAAUACAGCGCAAGGAGCACAGAGAUAUGUUUUACCAAAUCAAAGUCAUGUGACAACUGAUAAAGUCAUAUCGCAGGGAACAAAAGCCCAAAGAUUACCAAAAUAUCCCAACGCAGAUAAAAAACAAUUCAGAAAAUUAAAAAAGAAUGAGGUGUUGGAAUACCAAGAAGACUUCUACAAGAUGGAACCAAAACUACAAGAAGCUGUUGACGAUGAAAUUGAACAACUGGUCCAAUGUUAUAUGAACGCCUGUGAGCCAUCUAAUGAUCCGGACGAAGAGAAUGUCAGGAAUAAAAUAUUGACAAACACAGUUGAUGAAUUCAAGAAGAUAAUAAAAUUGCAAGUGACGAAACGUGUUUUGAAUAUAACAAGCGGUCUGUGUGUCCGUAUAUUUCUUUCACCGAAACCACCGAAACGUGACGUGCUGGAAGCGUUCCUUCAAAGACACGGAGUUGUUAGCUUCAAGAAAUCUGAUAAUUCAAAGAUGUUCAUAGCAUAUUGUGACUCAUACGAAAACUACGACAAAAUAUUGGCCCUACAAACAGCUACAUUUGGUGAUAAUGUAGGAAUACAAAUAAAACCUCUGCAUAUAACGGGGCCAACGGCGAAGAAAGCUAACAAUUCAAAUACUGGUGCGAAUCAAACUGAAAAAAAUGACUCGUCCAAAGAUAUGGAAGAAAUAGACUUAACGGUGACAGAAUUAGAUAAAAGUCUUGAAGAUAAAGACGAUCCAGAUGUUAUGUUCAUAGAGAAUAAAAAUGAUGUGGUUUGUAUACAUGACGAGUCGUUUAACUUGGAAAACACAACGGAUCAGAUUGAGGAAGGUGUGACAAAUAUGACAUCAGGAGACUCUAUAACCGGUGAUAGAGAAGAUACGUCUGAAGCUAAAGAAACUGAAGAAGUCACUGAAAAUAUUAACAAUUCACUCACAACACCAGCUAAUGAUAAUAUUGAAAAUUCACAAGAAAAUAGAAAUUUAACAACAUUAAAUUCUAAUACAGAUGAAGAGAGUGCACAAAUAAACGACUCACUGGCAAUUUCUAGUGACAAUCAAGAUAGUAAUACAGUAACAGAAAUACAAGAUAAAACAAUUUCAGUUAACGAUGAUUCACAAAACAGUACCGGUAAUACAGUAACCGAUUCUGAAUGUAAAGAUGAAAUGUAUGAAGAAAAUAUAGUCAAAGACGCAACGCUUCAAUCUGAUAAUAAUUUAAAUAAACAAAACAGUAUUCAAGAUAUAAUAAUUGAUGAAAGGAAUGAAGUCACAGAAACAAUAGAUCCAUCAAAUAAUAAUAGGGAUUCCGACUUAAUGGAGAACGAUCAAGUUGAGGAACAAAUAUGCAAAGAAAUUGAUACGGAAUCUAUAGAUGAUCUGCUAAAUUCAAUUAACGAUAUCGCUGAAGAUGACUUGGAAGAUUUUUAAUUUUAUAUAUAUAUAUAUAUAAUGUGUGUGUGCAUAUAUAGACAUAUAUGUAUAUGUAACAAAAAUAUAUAUAUGCUUUUAUUCUAAAUAAUAGCGUUGUUAAUAUAUUCCAGGGUUUUAUUAAUAAAACACAAUUAUUAAA